GGGUUUCAAAGAAGGCAACUCCUUCGUCAUGUAUUGUAAGACCUUCCAAGUUCCAAAGGAAGCCAGCGGCUUCCACAUUGAUCAGCUGACUCAAGGUACCCAGCAGGCUCCCCGUGAAUAAACCAGAGGCUUCACUACAAGAUGACCCACAGGGACAGCACAGGACCUGUCAUUGGGCUGAAACUUGUGACCCUUCUGUUUACCCUAAGUCCAGAACUUCUGUUCCUGGGAGCUGGAUUGAAACUGAAAGAGAAUGGCUAUGAUGGAUUGCUUGUUGCCAUCAAUCCCCGGGUACCCGAGGAUCUGAAGCUGAUUACAAACAUUAAGGAAAUGAUAACCGAGGCUUCCUUUUACCUGUUCAAUGCCACCAAGAGGAGGGUGUUUUUCAGAAAUGUACAGAUUUUAGUACCUGCCACUUGGACGGCUCAUAAUUACAGUAGAGUAAGACAAGAAUCCUAUGACAAGGCAAAUGUCAUAGUGGCUGAGCAGAGUGAGGAACACGGAGAUGACCCCUACACCCUACAGCACAGAGGGUGUGGGCAAGAGGGGAAAUACAUCCACUUCACCCCCAGCUUCCUACUCAACGAUGAGUUAGCCGCAGGCUAUGGCGCGCGAGGCAGAGUGUUUGUCCACGAGUGGGCCCAUCUCCGCUGGGGUGUGUUUGAUGAAUAUAACAACGACAAACCACUGUACGUGAAUGGACGGAAUGAGAUUCAAGUCACCAGGUGUUCAUCUGACAUCACGGGCGUUUUUGUGUGUGAAAAGGGCCUCUGCCCCCAUGAAGACUGCAUUAUUAGCAAGUUUUUUAGGGAAGGAUGCACAUUCCUCUACAACAGCACCCAGAAUGCAACUGGAUCAAUAAUGUUCAUGCAAAGUUUACCUUCUGUGGUUGAAUUCUGUAACGAAAGUACACACAACCAAGAAGCCCCGAACCUCCAGAACCAAGUGUGCAGCCUCAGAAGCACCUGGGACGUGAUCACAGCCUCCUCCGACCUGAACCAUAGCCUCCCCGUGCAUGGGGUUGGACUUCCAGCCCCUCCCACGUUCUCCCUCUUGCAGGCUCGUGACCGAGUGGUCUGCUUAGUGCUUGAUGUGUCCAGGAAGAUGGCAGAGGGAGACAGACUCCUCCGACUACAACAAGCAGCCGAACUGUACUUGAUGCAGGUUGUCGAAGCUCACACUUUCGUGGGCAUUGUCACUUUUGAUAGCAAAGGAGAAAUCCGAGCCUCGCUGCAGCAAAUUAACAGUGACGAUGACCGGAAGCUGCUGGUUUCGUACCUGCCGACUGCCGUGUCCACUGACGCAGAAACGAACAUCUGUGCAGGGGUUAAAAAGGGCUUUGAGGUGGUUGAGGAGCGGAAUGGAAGAGCUGAAGGCUCUGUCCUAAUAUUAGUGACCAGUGGAGUGGAUGAACACAUUGCCAACUGCCUGCUCACCUCAAUGAACAGUGGAUCCACCAUUCAUUCCGUGGCCCUGGGUUCCUCUGCAGCCAGAAAAGUGGGGGAAUUAUCACGUCUUACGGGAGGUCUAAAGUUCUUCAUUCCAGAUAAAUUUACUUCUAAUGGAAUGACUGAAGCUUUCGUUCGAAUCUCUUCUGGAACAGGAGACAUUUUCCAGCAAAGCUUACAGCUUGAGAGCGAGUGCAAAACUGUGCAACCCCAGCACCAGCUGGCGGAUACUAUGACUGUGGAUAGCGCCGUGGGCAAUGACACACUUUUUCUAGUCACGUGGCAGACUGGUGGUCCCCCAGAGAUUGCAUUAUUGGAUCCUAGUGGAAGAAAAUACAACACUGGUGACUUUAUCAUCAAUCUGGCCUUUCGGACAGCCAGCCUUAAGAUUCCAGGGACAGCUAAGCAUGGGCACUGGACUUACACACUGAACAACACCCACCAUUCUCCCCAAGCUCUGAAAGUGACAGUGGCCUCUCGUGCCUCCAGCCUGGCCAUGUCCCCAGCCACUGUGGAAGCCUUUGUGGAAAGAGACAGCACCUAUUUUCCUCAGCCAGUGAUCAUUUAUGCGAAUGUGAGGAAAGGUAUGCAUCCCAUUCUCAAUGCCACCGUGGUGGCGACAGUUGAACCUGAGGCUGGAGAUCCCGUUGUGCUGCAACUUUUGGAUGAAGGAGCAGGUGCAGAUGUUAUAAGAAAUGAUGGAAUUUACUCCAGGUAUUUUUCCUCCUUUGCUGUAAGUGGUAGCUAUAGCCUGACAGUGCAUGUCCAUCACUCUCCCAGCACAAGCACACUAGCCCACCCUGUCCCAGGAAACCAUGCUAUGUAUGUACCAGGUUACAUAACAAACGAUAAUAUUCAAAUGAAUGCUCCCAAAAAAUCGGGCCACAGACCCGUGAAGGAGAGGUGGGGCUUCAGUCGAGUGAGCUCGGGAGGCUCCUUCUCCGUGCUGGGAGUCCCAGACGGCCCCCACCCUGACAUGUUUCCACCGUGCAAAAUUACUGACCUGGAAGCCGUGAAAGUGGAAGACGACGUCGUCCUCUCUUGGACGGCACCUGGGGAAGACUUCGAUCAGGGGCAAACUACAGGCUAUGAAAUAAGAAUGAGCAGAAGCCUACAGAGCAUUUGGGAUGACUUUGACAAUGCCGUCUUGGUGAACUCCUCAGAGCUAGUUCCUCAGCAUGCUGGCACCAGGGAGACAUUUACAUUCUCACCCAAGCUUGUCACCCAUGAACUUGAUCAUGAACUCGCUGAAGAUGCACAAGAACCCUACAUAGUGUAUGUGGCCCUCAGAGCCAUGGAUAGAAGCUCCCUCAGGUCAGCUGUGUCAAACAUUGCCCUGGUAUCAAUGUCUCUUCCUCCAAACUCUUCUCCUGUAGUGAGCAGAGAUGACCUGAUCCUGAGAGGAGUUUUAACAACAGUAGGUUUGAUAGCAAUCCUUUGCCUUAUUAUGGUUGUAGCACACUGUAUUUUUAACAGGAAAAAGAGACCAUCAAGAAAAGAGAAUGAGACAACAUUUCUAUGAACAAGCAGGCACCGUAUCUUCCUUCUUAGAUAGGAUGAGCAUGGCCUUUACAUCCACAAAAUAAAAUGCGAACAAAAUCAAAAUAACCUCGACAUGGGGACUUUUACAUUGUGGAUAGAUUCCCCCCACCCCCCAAAAAAACCCCACCAACUUUUAACUCAUUUUGGGAAAGGGUUAGAAAACAGUGUAAGGUUCCAGUUUUUGAAAAAUAAUAAAAUAUAUUGCUCAAGGUAAUGGCUUGAAAGGCAAGGUAAGAACAAAAUCAAAUCGAGUCAAGAAAAGCUUGUUUUAUUGAAGUUCAGGUUGGGAGAAGUUCUGGGCACAGAAAAGAAUGCUGGGUCUGAGUUAGACAGUGUAACCAUCUGUAUGAAGCAAGCAUGUUACUUGUAUGAAGCAAGCAUGUUACUUUGAUGAGUUUCUCGUCUCUGCUUCUCUGUGCAGAGAAGGAUACGUGUUUGUAACUGAAAACCAAGCUGCUUCAUAGAUGAGGCCAUACUACAGGGUUCUUUAUAUCUUGUCCUUUGGUUAAAUUCACGGUGGCUCACAAGCCACCACUAAUGCUCAGAUAGGACUUUUCUCACCGUGAGAGGAGACCUUAGAAUGCAAUUUUUGUCCUUGUCCCUCGGAUACUGAUCUGUAGCACAGGUCACCAGAGUUUACUGUUUGUAAGACUUUAGUGCCAUUGAAGCAGCUUUCUAAGUUAUUGGCUUGGAAAUAUUGAAUGAAAAUGGUUACAGCUCCCAUGGGGCUUUACAGGUAAAAGACAUUAUUCUGAAAUAAUUUUAAUAUAUACACCAUAUAGUUUUAUUCCAUCUCAAAUAAGAAGUCAUGGAAGCGAUUGGCAACUUCUGUCCCAGUUUAAUAAGAACAUGUAAUUCUUUUCUUCAUCAAGGACACAGAGAAGACAGCAGAGAAAAUAUGGAAAUAAAAACCAUCCAAUGUUACUUCCUCCUUUUAAAAAAUGUUAUUUAAUAAUAUUAUGUCAUUUCUAAAUUCAAGAACUUAAAGGUUUAUUGAAUAAAUAUGAUGUUACAGAU